AUGUCUGUCCCUGUCAAGAUAGCCGUCCUUGACGACUACCAGGGGAUCUCGGAGCCCAAGUUCAAGGCCCUGGACCCCGCCAAGUACGACAUCUCCUUCUUCAAGGACACGCUCCUCCCGUACAACCACCCCGAAACGCCUCAGGAUGUCAAGGACCAGCUGGUCGCCAGACUCGAGCCCUUCAACGUGAUUUCCACAAUGCGCGAACGCACGCCCUUCCCGCGCGAGCUUAUCGCCCGCCUGCCCAACCUCAAGCUGCUGCUCACAACUGGUAACCGCAAUCUCGCCCUGGACCUGCCGGCCUUCCAGGAACGCGGCAUCCCCGUGGCCGGCGCCGUCGGCGGCUCCGACAGCACUACCGAGCACUGCGUCGCGCUGAUCCUCGCGGCGGCGCGCAACGUUGCCCAGGACGACCUGUCGGUCAAGACGGGCGGGUGGCAGACCGUUCCCACGGUCAGUCUCAGCGGCAAGUUGUUUGGGACGGUCGGGCUGGGCAGGUUGGGGAUGGCGGUGGCGCGGAUCAUGGCCGUUGCGUUUGGGAUGCGGGUUAUUGCGUGGAGCGAGAACCUGACGCAGGAGCGGGCGGAUGAGCAGGCGACGAAGGCGGGUCUGCCGGUGGAGGGCAAAGAUGGGGAGAAGACGUUUCGGGUGGUGAGCAAGGAGGAGUUGUUUCGGACGGCGGAUGUGGUGAGCGUGCACCUGGUGCUGUCGGAUCGGUCGAGGGGCGGAAUUGCGGCGCGGGAACUCGAGAUGAUGAAGUCGACGGCGAUUCUUGUGAAUACCUCGCGGGGACCGCUCGUAGUCGAGAAGGACUUGCUGGAUGCGCUCGAGAAGGGCAAGAUCAGGGCGGCGGCGCUGGACGUGUUUGACCUGGAGCCGUUGCCGCUGGACAGCCGGUGGAGGACGACGAAAUGGGGGCAAGAUGGGCGCAGUCGGGUACUUCUGACACCGCACAUGGGAUAUGUGGAGGAGGCGACGCUGGAUGCCUGGUACGACGAGCAGAUCAAAAAUCUGCAGCGGUGGGAGGGGGGAGAAGAGCUGGCCCAGAGCCUGUACUGA